UGACGGAAACCAGAAUCCUAACAGUUUUCACUUCCGUAUUUCAAAAAGGCCAAAAAUUUUCGAAGUAUCCAGAACUCGAAGAAACCGAUUUUCUCUCCUUUCUUUCAACAGCUAUAUAAAGUGUGCUUUGAUCUAUAAUUUUAACAAUCACAUUAUUAUCAUUUUUAUUUUAUAACCAAAAAAAAAAAAAAAAAGAAAGGAAAAGGCUCGGUUUGAGAAACUGAAACGAUAUAUUUGCGAUUGGACGUUCUCAUCGGGAUCACGCCGUUGUUGUUAUUCAAAUCGGGGCGAUUCUCCGGGAUUGAAAGUUCGUUAUUUUAUAAAAAAAUUGUUUAAAUUAAUUAUUUUGAUUUGAUUAUUGUUGAAUUAUUUGUUUAGGUACUGUGUCAGGCAAAUAUUAUUGUUGAAAAUGGUAAUUUAUUGAUUUUCUUUCUUAGUCGAUUCAUUUUCUGUUUGGUUUCUGAGAAGAUCGAACGAAAAAGAAGGGAAAGUUUCUUGAAAACGGUAUUCCCUCUUGAGGAGGGGAACUGAAACGUUUUCAAAAGAUUUUGGUUCUUUUAUAGAAAAAAUAUAGAGGAAAUUUAUGGUUUCAAGUUUCUUUAUCUUCUUGUGAUUACUUAAUAAUCAAAGCGAAGUAAUAGGACUGAAGAGAACUGAUUGGCUUAAUGUGAUCUAAUUGAGGAUCAACCUUGGUGCACUAAUGUUAGAUAAUUGAAUCUGUGGCUCCUCUUUAGCAUAAGAUCGUGAAUUAUUGAUUUAUUGUAUAUUUUGGUCUAAUUUGAUUUUGCAUAGAAUUAUGUGUGAUAUUAAAUAUAGUUUUUAACUUGUUUACUGCCUUAUUGAUUUGAGGUCAUGGUUGUGUUGUUUAUGCUGCCGCUGCUGUUGUUGUUUUGUUAUUGUCCGCGUCAUGUUGCUGCUAAUUUCUGUUUGCAGUGGUAGGUAGGAAUUUAAGUUUAGACAUGAAAUUUCUUUCAUUUACGGCUUAUUUUUACAGUGUUAGUUGAUUCCUUUUAUUAGAAUUUUUUUGUCUUUUCGUGUGGAUGUCAUUUGUGUAUUUAUAAUGUUUAUUUGUGUCAUUUGUAGUGUUUAUUAGAGUAUUUCCUCACUAUGUGACUGUUUGGAGCCUUCAGCAUAAGCGUUGCAUGUCAGUUCCUUUUGUACUAUGAAGGAUACUAGCUUAGAUAUUGCUUGUUGCAAAGCAAUACCGUUUAUUAACUAUGAAAUUAUGGAGUUUUUUGUGUCAUUAUUUGUUUAUGGGAGUAUAUGGCCAACCCAAAUGAUACAUCAUGAAGGCAUUUACAUGGAUGACAUGAUAGAGAAAAUUGAUUAGUUUUGUAUAGUAUUAAAACUAAAAGUUUUAAAUUUAUGUUUCAUAGGUCUGCAAGUGGGUGUAGAAUGGGGAAAACAAACUGAUGAAACUGUAUUAUUUUUUAUAAUUAGUCUGCCUUUUGCUUGGUGGCCAAUGUUUUUAUUGUCUAACACAAGAUGUGAUUUCUUUUCGGGUUUGAAUAGCUUUUGUCUCUUCCUUGAACAAACUAUAAAAGAAUAAUAAUAACUUUAUCAUUUUAGGGGUUGCUUUGGAAAGUUGAUCUUGUGACAUAUUAUGAUAUCUUUCUCUCUGCAAGAAAGUGCCAUAGAAGAGACUUUUGAGAUUGUGACAGCUAUGUGUGUGGGAAACUAGAACAUUUGUUUACUUAGCCGCUUGGAAUAUGUGGUUGAAUGUUAGCUAAUCAAGAACACCGCAACUUUGACUUCUGUUUUUUGAAUUUAAAUGGUUCCUGCAGCUUAUGAUUGGAAUUUAUUAGGGAUUUGCAUGCAGAUCUUUGUUUUUUCCUCUUAAAUUAGCUACAGGUGUUGAAGAUGCUUAGGUUGGUGAACCCUUUCGAAUUAGUUGGUUUGCAUAACAGUUUUCUGCAGAGCUUCACUACCCUUACAGGUUGUGGAAUUUGUUGAUCUACUUAAUCAAGGGAUUAAGCGUGUGGGAUGCUAAGCUUGUCUUUUACAUCUCCGCCAAUGGAUAGCUCUCCAAAUUGCCAUUUUCUAUGUCUUCAUCACAUUUGAACCUUUAUAGUGAUGAAAACAUGCUUUUAGGUGUAUCAUCACUUUGCUGUUCAUUCAUGGUUCUUUUUUCCUUAUAAACUUCGAUUCCUUUCAAAUCUCUUGAAGAGUGACGAUAACUUAUAGACAAGGUCAUUGCCAUGUCCCCAAAUUAUGGGGUCAGCCUUUUUAUUCACCGAGUUACAAUUCUUCCAAAAACCCUAGGAGGGUGGAUUUCUAACUAACAAUAAACAGAAAAAUCUCUUCUAAUAGGGUGUGCAUGAAAUCUUCCUAUCUUCCUUGAUAUGAGGUACCUUAAUUCAUGGUAAACUACUAGUUUGGUUUACUCAUGACCGCAAAUCUUGUGGUUGUUUGGAGUUUCCUGCGUAGAACUUGAUUUUUGGAGAGAAAUAAUUAGGUUGAAGUAUGUUCAAUUCUAUAUGAAGAUACACCUUCUCAAGUUGUAAGGAUGUGAAGGUAUUAAGUGACGAGUAAUUACAAUUGUCAAAGGAGACUUGGUGCAGAAAUGCUGGAGGUUUCUAGGCUUAUUGCCAGCUGUUAGACAGAUAAGGAUAAGGUUUGAUCUGAAGAUAUCAUUUUCAAUGGAGGAAGUGGAAAAUAAGCAUUCUGGAUCUGAAGUAAUAGAGCUUUGUCACCAUCAAAAUGAAUGUUGCAAAGUAAAUGAAGAAGAGGUUGGAGGGUCAUGCUCACAGCAGUCUGGUGGGGAUGAAUCAAGCAAUGCAGAGGCAACAGAAUUGCUGGAGAAGGGUUUUAUGGAGUACGGUUGCUCACAUUAUCAAAGAAGGUGCCGUAUUAGAGCUCCUUGUUGUGGUGAGAUCUUUGAUUGUCGCCACUGUCAUAAUGAGGCAAAGAACAAUAUCAAUGUUGACCAGAAGCUCAGACAUGACAUCCCACGCCAUCAAGUCAGUCAGGUCAUUUGUUCACUAUGUGGCACAGAACAAGAGGUCCAGCAAGUCUGCAUUAACUGUCGCGUAUGUAUGGGGAAAUAUUUCUGCAAGGCCUGCAAACUUUUUGAUGACGAUACAUCAAAGAGACAGUAUCAUUGUGAUGGUUGUGGGAUCUGUAGAAUUGGAGGACAGGAGAAUUUCUUCCAUUGCAACAAUUGUGGUUGCUGCUAUUCUAUUCUUCUGAAAAAAAGCCAUCCCUGCGUGGAAGGAGCAAUGCAUCAUGACUGCCCCGUAUGCUUUGAGUUUCUGUUUGAGUCAAGAUAUGAUGUAACUGUUCUGCCAUGUGGACAUACCAUUCACACAGAUUGCUUGAAGGAUAUGACGGACCAUUUCCAAUAUGCGUGUCCUCUGUGCUCCAAGUCAGUUUGUGACAUGUCAAAGGUUUGGGAGAAAUUUGAUGAGGAGAUUGCAGCUACACCAAUGCCGGAACCUUAUCAAAAUAAAAUGGUUUCAAUUCUUUGUAAUGAUUGUGGGACAAAGUCAGAGGUGCGGUUUCAUGUUCUGGCUCGAAAAUGCCCAAAUUGCAAGUCAUAUAAUACUCGGCAAACAAGAGGCUAAAGUGGCAAGAGUAGCAGCUGGAAAUGAGUUGAUGAUAUAUUUUCUGCAUUGAUGCUAUACGUUGGGCUCUCAUCAAGAGCAAAGCUUCAUGGCCACACUCGUGGAGAAUAUUUUUGUACUGGAGAUGAGUUCAUUCGGAGUCAUUAAUUUUUUUGUUUACUUCUCUUUCCGCUGCAUUGCUUGUAUGUUCAAUUAUUUAUAGAUAAUUCACAAUAUCAUUUGGUUGACAUUAGACAAUACUUGUUUUCCUUUUGGUUUUUGGUUAGAUUACCUUUUUGUAGGAAAGAUGUCUGUUUCAUCCUUUUAGGCAGCUAGUUACUGUUUUCAUCCAUGGUCCAUGGAAUCAGUGUUGCUGUCUAUUCUAGUCAUCUUAAUCUUCUGCCAAAGGGUUCGAAUUCUCCUAAUGUUGCAUGGGAGCUGCAUUCGUUGACUGUCUGAUAGUAGAGUAGGACUUGUCAUGGACUAGUCUUUGAGUGUCACCUCCAAAUCUUAGGCUUGGAGAGCAGAAAGUUUUGGCUCGGGUAUGUCCGAAAAGUCAAGUUUGUUCAUGUUCAGUGACAAUCGGUGACUGUUAUCUUGCUAGUAUUGGUGUUGUGGAGCACUGGAUGUUGCAGACUGCUGUUUGGUUCGUAUGACAGUCAAGAUUCUGUAAUGUCAAGAGGUUUGGGUAUCGGGUUGGAGUCCUAUCACGAUGAGAACUUGGAAAUUUAAUUUCUUGUUUCAUCAGGGCAAUGAAUGUUACUUCUCUCUUUCAAUGGCCCUGUAAUGAUCUUUUCUGAAUUUUAUGCUUUCUUUCGUGUUAACCAGUCCGAGUUAUUUGUCUUUCUUUUCCUUUUUUUUUUUUCCUCUUUUGGCAAAUGUUGUGCCCGAUUCUGGGAACUUUAACGAAUUCAAAGCAGGUCAACAGAAAUCUGAUUCUGGUUAUUUUUGUUUGGGAGAUUUCACCUUUUAGUAGCAGUUAUUAUGUUAAUAGACUUAGUUGCUAUGCCUUUACAAGAUUUUAUGUUGACUGUUAUCCAUUGUAAUGUUGUCUGAAACUUUUGCCGGCUGCAUGUUCUUGGAUUGCUAGGUUUGGAUCGCCAGUAGGAUUUUGGGUUUCACCGUUUCAGUGAGAUGUUUUCUAGUCUAAACAGUUACCUUCACUGUUUGAUUUGGUUCAAUUAAAUAAUCUCUGGUGUGAGAAGAUGUAUGUUCUGUACUGGGAUAGUAAUACAUUUGCAGAUUGGAUGACAUCUAAGUAACAUUUUCAGAUUGGAGUUACGAGUAUGAUGAUUACAUGACUUCUGAAGAACUACAUUACUUUGAUCGUACAAGCCUUGGCCUGUAAAUGACAAAAAUUUAUCUUAUGGAUAGCCGAGGAACCAUUACUUGGAUUUGGGCAUAAUU